UAAUAACAACCAAAUUGUCAAUUCUUCUAGUCAGAAGCAAGUAUUAUAAAACAUUAUUAUUUACCAAAAAAUAUUGCGUACAAAGUUUUUUUUUUCGAAAGAGUUAAAAAUAAAUAGUUCAGGCGGGAAAAAUUAUCAAAUAAAUCAAAUGACUUAAAUUUUAAUAUGUUUAAAUUUAUCACUCGUCGCCUAAAGGAAACCGUAGAUGGAACUUGCUACUUUGUAGAUUCCGCCAAGGCUUGGGUUUGUGGUGUAGCACAACAACAAAUUCCACAUAAUGAUGUGAGUAAUUCAUACCACGAUAAGCAAGCUGGAAGAUUUUGUGAAAACUUUAAACCUCACGGGCUACAAUGCAGCUUUCAAGAAGCUUUUGGAAAACAUAUAGGUUUUCCAAAAAACUUUAAAAUAGAUGAGCAAUGUCAAAAAUUUUCUCAUACUAGUUCCAAAGGUUCUUCCUCAAGCAAUAGCGGCAAAGAGAGCGGUCAAAAGUUUAGAGAGGCGGAUCAGUUACGAGGUGACAUACUGGGUGCUUUAACAUGGAGUGGUGCGAUAAUGUGUGGCUGGUAUGCUACUCAAAUUCUUUGUAUGCAACGAAGAAAAUUUGGUUGGGAAAAUACUAGCCAAAACCGGUACAUAAAGUAUUUACAAGUUUCUACCAGAGCCGUUCAUACUAACGUUAUUGACUCUUAUCUUGUCCGAGCAACACCAAUUUUAAAACCUGAUAUCAUUAAUAGUCAGUUUAUCGAACAAAUCCCAAAAAGAGAACGAAGCCCAUCGAUCAGUUCUAAACUAACUGAAGAAGAAUCCAUCUUUGAGAGCUUCUAUUUGAAAAAUUUGGAAGACAUCUCUUUCGGUAAAAAAGCUAAUGCAGACUCUCCAAAAUUAGACCUUUUAAAUAAUUCGUCAGGUGAUUCUGGAUCCACUGCAUCGAGUUCUUCGAGUCGUCAAUCAGUUUCUGAAGCUGUGAACGAUCUCAUCGAUUAUAUUGGAGAUUGUGAAAAUAACAUGGCUUUGGAAUACAUUCAUAUUGGUGAUUACAAGAAAGCUGUUACCCACUUAAAAUUAGCUUCGAAUCAUCAUCAUCCGGGUGGAAUUUUUAAUUUGGGAGUUUGUUAUGAAAAAGGUUUGGGCGUUAAAAAAAGUUUACGCCGCGCAAUGGAAUGCUAUCAAGUGGCGUCUGGCUUAGGUCAUCCUACCGCAAUAUUUAACUUGGGAGUAUUUUAUGCACAAGGACUUGGCGGUUUGAAACAGGACAGAAAUGCAGCAGAAAAAUGUAUUACAACAGCCGCCAAGUUAGGACAACCCGAAGCUAUAAAUUUUUUAAAUUCUAUUGAAAGAGAAAACUUAAACCAAGCUUCAAUGGUAAAUAAAAUUCAGUUGAAACUUUAAGCAAUUUGGUCAAUGAAUUCAAAACAUUAGUUCUUAUAUUUUUGUUAAUCUUUAAAAGGAUAUUUUCGUUUCUUUAAAAUUUACAUAAAAAAUUUUUUUAAUGUUCUUAGGAUUUAGGAAAAUGUAAAUGAAUUAUUGUCCAAUAAAAAUUUUUGAAAAAAUACUGUACAACUUGA